GUGGAGCACCGGCUGGACAGUAAGGAAGCCGGUGGUCAUCAACCUGGGCCCGCUGAUGGAAUCGGACCUUGGCCAGGCUUUGCAUGAGAUGCUCGCAGGACCGGGGCCAAGGACCGGCCCGAGCCACCACCUGCUUGCCCACGGGGCUUCUGAUGAAGGGCCCCUGGAGUUUCAGCAGCCGGACCUCUUUCGGGGCUUGCUGAAAGGCUUCGGAGCGCACUUGGUACCGGCGAUGCAGUCGGGCAGCGGCGGCUUCCAAACGAGCGUGACCAACGGCCACUUCCGCCUCCGAGCCUCUCUUCCAGGCUACAGCAUGCACAGAUCUGGUGACGGAGACGAGCCAUUAAACGUGAAGGUUGUAGGUGACACUCUUGUUGUUCAGGGACAGAAGACCACGGGACAGAUGGUGACCAGCUUUCAGCGGAGCUUUCCCCUUCCGUUCCUGCCGGAUGCCAGCAAGGUCUCUGUGAACUACAGCGCGCAGGAUGGGGCGCUUCUGGUGGAUGUGCCUCCAAAACCUGGGCAAAAGGCCAGAGCUGCCGAGGGCCUGGAGCUGCCGGAGAUGGAAGAGACGAUGACCGUAGCCUUCGCCGACGCGCAGCGGCGCGGCGCGAAGGAACUGUCGGACAUGCCAGAGCCCAUGUGGCGCGAAGAGGUGGGCUCUCCUGCGUUGAGGCUUCUUGCUUUGAAUGCCAUGCCAAGUCUUCCGGUGCUUUGGAGCCCUCAGCAUAUCCGUCCCGAGGAGACCAGCUCCACUACACGCGCACUACCCGUGGCGCGUGCCACGGAGCAGAACGAGGCAGGUGCUAGCCCGGUUGUCGUGCAGCCCGCGAAGGUCGCAAAGCCUUUCUGGCGCCUGGCGUCCACGGCAGAUCUGUCCAGGAACGAGUACCUGGACAUCGUCAGCCCGCAAGGUGUGGAGCUGGGCAAGAUCGGAGGCGGCUUUGUGGAGUUCUUCUCUAAGGGUGAUGCGAGCCAGGGGCCCGGCCGGUAG